CCGCUAUUUCCGGAUUUUAGUAACUACAGUCCGUCACACAGAGAACGCCUUUUUUUUUAUCAUGUUAUGCGAAGAAGAAAGUCAGAAGAUAGGUUAGGUCUGUCGCGACCGAUUUCGUCUGCUGCACUCUGUCAACGCGGCCCAUUUCUACGGAGAACUUGUAUGCAGCCGAGGUGUUCCGAAAGUGUACGAACCAUAAUAAAGUGGAGAUAACUCAAUAAUCACAACACGCUGAGAUGUUGCGACCUAAAACUCUCACUCAAGUUUUAAGUCAGGCCAAUACAGGAGGAGUUGAAAGCACUUUGUUGCUCAACAAUGAAGGGUCUCUGUUGGCCUAUUCGGGUUAUGGUGACAAGGAUGCUGCAAUGACUGCAGCCAUUGCCAGCAACAUUUGGACUUCCUAUGUGAAAAGUGGCAUGUUUGCGUUCACCGAUGACAAACUGGAGUGUGUGCUCAUUGAGUGCAAGGAUGGCAAAGUUGGUCUGACAAAGGUUGCCAAUCUUCUGCUUUGUAUGUCAUGCAAGGAUGUUGUCGGAUUUGGGAUGCUCAAGGCAAAGCUGCAAGCCCUGGCUGAAUACUUGGAGGAACCAUUGUCACGAGUUGCAGCCUCCUGAUACAUGAUAGCGCUGCAGCAACAGUUGUCUUACAUAGUGACCUGUCUGUGGUUAUGACCACAAUGUUUUGUCAGUAACCGUCACUGGAUGCCAAUUGUGUCAACAAGAUGGAUGAUUAUUGUGUAUUUGUUGUGUUUAAUUGUUAACUGUAAUAUCUAAUAAUAAAUAUAUCAGGUA